AAACACAAACAAACCAACUGCGGAUUGCACCAACUUUCCACAACAACAACGAUGAUGCUGACGAUGAUGGUGGGGAGCAGGCGCUGUUGCUUGCUUGCAUGGCGUACAUGUGGGCGUGCUGCUGGUGGAGCUGUCGCUGGGGCGUGCAGGCACCAAGCAGGUGAGCAGAGAGCGCAGGUGGUGCGCCAUCUACAAACGCAGGCAGCGGCACGGGCCGCGUGGAGAAUACAAGGCAGAAGGAGAGCUGUCUUCAACACGCGCUCACUGACAGUCAGCACAGCGGCAUGGAGGGCGCAAGACGCAUCCACAACAACCGUCAAGACGGCGUCAACGGAGGACCAAUCAGCGCUGGACGGGCCAUCCAAAGUCUCUCAGUUCAAGCGGAUCCUUGAGUUGGCGCAGCACGAGAAGGCGCUGCUGCUAGGGUCGCUCGGCUUGCUUGUGGGAUCAUCCAGCAUCACGCUCGCGCUGCCGAAGCUGAUGGGUGUUGUACUGGACAUUGCGCUUGAUCCAGUCGCCUCUGUCUCCACCAGCACCCUCUCCUUUGGGCUGCUUGGCCUCUUCGGGGCACAGGCCGUCAUGAUGUUGAGUCGGCUGGCCAUGCAGCUGGUCGCUGGCGAGCGCAUCUCAGCCAGGUUGCGCCAGUCUGUCUUUGAGGCGCUGAUGCGACGCCAGACCUCCUUCUUCGACGUCACCCCGACCGGCGAGCUGACCAACAGGCUCAGCGCAGACUGCCUCCUCCUCCAGAAGACCAUCACAUCAAGUCUCUCACAAGGCGUGCGGAGCGGGAUGCUGGCGCUCGGGUCCAUCGGGAUGAUGAUGCACACGUCACCGCAGCUCCUGGGCCUCGCACUCAUCGCCCUUCCUCCACUCGCCGGCACAGCCGUCUACCUUGGGCGGCGCAUGAAGCGGCGGCAGGAGCAGGUGCAGCAGAAGUUGGCAGACUCGACCGCGCUGGCAACAGAGGUGCUCGCAAACAUCAGGGUUGUCCGUGAAUUUGCAUCGGAGAGGCACGAAAUCAGCAGGUACGGUGAGCGCGUGUCCGCCGUGAAGCGAGACGGCAUCAAAGUCGGACUUCUUCAGUCUCUCAUGGACUCAAGCAUCUUCCUCGGUGCGAAUGUGGGCCUCAUCGCGGUGAUGGCGUACGGGUCGCAGCUCGUUACAGAAGGCGCAAUCACCGCUGGCGAUCUCACGUCGUUCCUCAUGUACAGCGUGUAUCUUGGCGUGCAUGCUGGCUCGCUGUCGAAUGUUGGCGCGGACUUCAUGCGGAGCCUGGGUGCAUCGCAGAAGCUGUUUCAACUGCUGGACGCCAGCGUCGAUGACACAUCCACGCUCUCCUCGCAGUUCAAGCCCAUUCGAUUCACGGACCGCAUUCAGUUCAGCAACGUGCACUUUGCGUACCCGUCACGCCCCACCGUCCCUGUUCUGACCGACUUCAACCUCACCAUCCACCGCGGUGAGACAGUUGCACUCGUGGGCGCGAGCGGCAGCGGCAAGUCCACCGUUGCCCGUCUUCUAACGCGCCUGUACCACGUCGACCACGGCGCCAUCACCCUCGAUGGGCAGGACAUUCGCACCAUCGAUGUUGGCGGUCUGCGCGCGUGUGUGGGCGUGGUCCCACAGGAGCCGGCCUUGUUCUCCGCAACGCUUCGCGAAAACAUUGCAUACGGGUGCCCUGAUGCAACGCAGCAGCAGAUUGAAGAUGCGGCAGAACGCGCAAAUGCCCUCGACUUUAUCCACGCCCUGCCCAACGGGUUUGAAACGGAGGUUGGCGAGCGUGGGGUGUCGCUGAGCGGCGGCCAGAAGCAGCGCAUCGCCAUUGCCCGCGCCCUCGUCCGCAACCCGCAGCUGCUCAUCUUGGACGAGGCAACAUCGGCACUGGACGCAACCAGCGAGGCCGGCGUGCACAAGGCGCUCGUCAACGCCACGCGCGGGCGGACGGCGGUGGUGAUUGCGCACCGCCUCUCCACCAUCCUCAACGCAGACACCAUCGCUGUGGUGGACGAGGGAGGGAUUGUUGAGCAGGGCACGUUUACGCAGCUGAUGCAGCGCAAUGGCCAGUUUGCACAGCUCAUUGCACACCAGCACGAGGCGACGACGGAAGGAUUUGCACCGUUCACAGACACUUCAGCAACCAGAUGAACGUCUCGUGUGUGAGUGUGUGGGUGUGAGUGUGGGUGUAUGAGUGAGAGUGUGUGUGAGAGAGAGAGAGAGUGUGUGUGUGUGUGUGGGUGAGUGUGUGAGCGAGUCUGUGUGAACGAGUCUGUGUGUGUGUGUGUGAGUGUGUGCGUGUGCGUGCGUGCGUGUGAGUGCGUUGUCUGGUCGUUGCUGUGUGUCUUAAAUCACACAUGCUGGGCAUUGGGUGUGUUUGUGCAGCUAGGAUAAGGCACUGCUCAUCGACAGUGCAAUGCAUUACACUAAAUGAAGGCUCAGUUUUCACAUGGCUUUUGUAAUGGAAACGGCAACUACAAAUGCA